UGCAAACACUAAUUUUUGUUUUUCUUUUACUUUUUCCAACUCUAAUUGCAUAUCCCAAUUAUAAAUAAUACUAUAGUAUUCCUUUUGUUCAUACUACAUAGUUUCUCAACUUCCUCCGGAAGGCAAAAGGGGCCAACAUGGUGAGCUUGGCAGAGAUGGUAAUAAAAUACAGAGGGCCAAUUGUUUGUUUUCUGGUGGUAACUGGGGCUUGGAAUUGCGGUUGUUGUAAUGGGCAGUCUAUAGAUGUGGAUGAUCUCCCAGAGCCGGUGGAUGGACUGUCAUGGACAUUUUACAACACCAGUUGCCCAAAUCUGGAAUCCAUUGUCAAAUCCACUCUCGACACUUUUUUCGAUGAUGAUAUCACACAGGCUGCUGGGUUGCUCCGUCUUCAUUUCCACGACUGCUUUGUUCAGGGGUGCGAUGCAUCAAUACUGCUGAAUAUAACAGACAACUCAAGCGAAAGGCAGCAAAUUCCGAACCUUACGCUAAGAGACAUGGCGUUCACAAUUAUCGAUCAAAUAAAAGUGGCGGUGGAGGCCAACUGCAGUGGCGUUGUAUCCUGUGCCGAUAUUUUGACAUUGGCUGCUCGUGACUCCGUAGCCAAGAGUGGAGGACCAGAAUAUCCAGUACCGCUGGGGCGCAGAGACAGCACAACCUUUGCCAAUUCAACUACGGUACUUGCAAAUUUACCGGCUCCGACUUCAAACGUAGAUGAGCUGGUGGGUAAUUUCAGUAACAAAGGUUUAAAUAUGACAGAUCUGGUGGCUCUAUCAGGCGGGCACACAAUCGGUGUAGGCCACUGCGGUUCCUUCCAGAACAGGCUGUACAACAUAACCACAGGAGUGCGAGUGCAGGACCCUACUCUUAACCAGACUUUUGCAAGCAAUCUUUAUCUAGUCUGCCCCGUCGUCAAUGACACGGUCAAUUUUACAAACUUGGAUCUCCAAACGCCAGACGAUUUUGACAACGAUUACUACCUAAAUGUGCAGAAUAACCAGAGCCUCUUCACCUCUGACCAGACUCUGUAUGACAACUCCACUACCCAAGGCAUCGUGGACACUUUUGCUUCCAACCAGACACUCUUCUUCACAGAUUUCAUCCUGGGAAUGCUUAAAAUGGGUCAACUUGAUGUCUUGACGGGCACCGAGGGAGAAAUCCGCAGCAACUGUUCCGUUGCGAAUUCAGCUUCUGCAAACGACGACCAAGGUAUACGGUCCAUGGUCGACUCGGGAGAAGAUUUGGCUUCAUCAUUUCAUUCCGUGUAAGUGUAGUUUAGCUUGAUUAAGCUGCACUUGUGUUUCUCAAUAAGGUAAUACGGAAUAAGAUAUUGAUGUAUGGUUUCUAUUGAAACAUCUUCAAUCGAUUAUUAAUAAAUAAAUUAUUACUAAGUUUUUAU